CCACCUCUUCUCUUGUUAACAUAUUUUCUCUGCCUCGUUUUUUUUGGUCUCCAUUCUCAUUCACACUGCGGGUUUGUCACUGUCAGCAAAGAAGUCUGACAGCAUCUGAGAAUCCCAGGCAAACAGAAAUGCUUACGAAUUUAUGAACUUUGGAAGUUAUGAUUCUCUUUUUCCUGAAAUGUUCCAAGGUGUUUGAAGUGAACAGUCACUGGAAUGAAGCAAGUAACAUCCAAUGAUAUUUUCUUUACUGCACGAGUGUUUUAAAUGUCAAAAUAGCUACACAGAGAUGAUUACUGCACCAUCUAUAUAGAUUUACCUGCGACCAAAAAGGAUUCAAGGAAAACACUCUGUAUGUUAGCAAUCUAUACAGGAAGGCAAUUACCUGAAUGACCAGAUUCACGAAUGAGGAGUAACACACUGAGAUAGCCGAUGCAUUCUUAAAGACCUCACAUGUCAUCUCCAUGUUUGCUUUUGUCAUUAUUUGUAGUGCAGUUGAAACAGCGUUGGUCUCUGAUGUGGGACCAUUUAGUCCAAAAAUAUUCCUUGCAGAAACCAAAUGACAGUGCAUGUAUAUUUUGAGGCCUUUCUCAUUUUAAUGCAGUUUUGUAUCCUCUGAAAACAGAGAAUGGCCUUAAUGACUGAGCGGACAUUGGUGCUACUUAUCUGUGUUCAGCUGUUAGUGCUGGUACUCUUGUAUCAGGUGUCCUAUGACCAUGAAACUGCACAUUACGAGAACACAUUUUGGAAAAGUAUAGCCAUCGCUACAAAGAUAAAUAAAGCUAUAAGAGCUGUGAGUCAUUACAAGCAGAAACUCCCAGAUUGUCCUAGGACUUCACAGUUAACAGGUGGACCUCUCAAUAUAUCUUUUCCACUCUGGUUGAAUAUGAAGCAGGUAGAACAAAAACAUCUUUUAGUGAGGAGAGGUGGAAGUUAUAGCCCACCUAACUGCACAGCCACAUACAAAAUUGCAAUUAUAAUCCCACAUCGAAACCGAAUGGAGCACCUUACUUAUCUACUUUACCAUUUGCAUCCAUUUCUCCAACGGCAGCAGCUCAAGUACAGGAUAUUUGUCAUCGAACAGGCAGGCAACUACACUUUCAAUCGGGGAAAAUUGCUGAAUGUGGGAUUUAAAGAAGCAAUGAAACAUGAAAACUGGGACUGCAUCUUCUUUCACGAUGUAGACCUUAUUCCUGAGGAUGAUCGAAACACCUAUAUCUGUGACCUGUUCCCCAAACAUGCUUCCAUUGCCAUGGACAAAUUUAAAUACAGAUUGCCAUAUAAACACUUUUUUGGUGGAGUCUCAGCAUUAACUCCUGAGCAUGUUGAGAAGAUCAAUGGAUUUCCUAACAGUUACUGGGGCUGGGGAGGUGAAGACGAUGAUAUUGCUACCAGAAUUAAGCUAAAUAAAAUGUUGGUUGCUCGACCCCCUAUUCAUAUUGGACGCUAUAAAAUGAUAAGCCAUAAAAGAGACAAGGGAAACGAAAAGAAUCCAGAAAGAUUUCAGCUGCUGAAGAAUGCAACAUUAAGGUGGGAAGAAGACGGGUUGAAUAACCUAGAGUACAUACUUCUUUCAAAGAAAAAUAACCAUUUAUAUACAAAUAUCACUGUAGACAUAGGUACAAGCAAAGGCCUACAGCUUUACAGAUGAACCUUGGACUUUUCUACCAUUGGGCAAAAAGAGAAAUACUUUGAAUUGGAGUUCUAAACUAUCUUGGAGAAUAUUUGAAUUUAGGAGUAGACAAAUUAACAUUCUCUGCACUUUGGUUACUUGUUUUUUGAAGUGUACUUCCCAGCCAGAACAACUUGUGACAUUAUAGUGGAAGUUUGUAUAUGACCUUUAACAUUGAUGAAAGUCCUGGUUAUAGAUAAGACCUAAUUUACAUAUUUCAUUGAUGUGACUGAUUUGGUUAUAUCAUGAGGUAGAUUCUCGCUGGGUGCAAGCAAAGUACAAAAUUCUGACAUUAGUUGUCUUUAAAAUCACUUCAUCACUAACCACAAGGUUUUUUGUGAAAACAUUAAGACAUUAACAUCAUUUUCUUCAUGCGUUUAAGUGUCUUAAAUAGCGAAGUAGGAAAAUACUCCAGCACAAGCUCUAUCGGUCAUAAAUAGAGGAAAUUCAAAUGUUCUGCUUUGGGAUCACAACAUAAAUUAUACAUUAUCUGCAAAAAAUAUCCAUUAAGUAUACAAGCAUCUAUGUUUUACAUUGUGUUUUGUUAUAAUUUUUUACAUUAUUUGCUUCAUGUUUGCAUCGUCUUACCCUUAACUUUAUGUAUCUAGAUCAUGGGUAGAAGGAGACAGAUACAUUUGGGUAUUUUUGUUUGUUGUGUUCUAGCAGCUGUCUUACUAAUAGUUUGGUUCAAUUGCUACAAUAACAAGACCUACGUGUUGUUGUCAUCUGAUAAGUAUUAUUGGGCACAGUUUGAAUUUCUAAUAGGAUAUCCUUAUAUAUCUUUCUGAUUUCAUCAUUUGCAUAUUCUGAGGACUCUGAAAACAUUGUUAUUGACUGACAAAAAUGUUGUUUUACUUUGAUUAUAGAUGACAGUAGAAUUUGCAUCAAAUCUGAAUCAGUAACUGCCUAAUUUAAGCAGCAUUGCAGACUAUCAAACAUUCAGACAGAAAGAUAUUUAGUUUGAUUAAUUUGUUAACUGGGUAAGUGAAAUGGUCCUUCUAAGAUAUUUUCAGCUCUGAUCCAAGCUAAAAGGGCAAUGGAAAUUGAAGUAUAUAUGUAGUGACACUUUAGCUUAGCUGAUCAGCUAGCAUUUAUUUGAACGAAAUCUGAGUAAACUCACAUAGAUGCAGGGAGAAAAUGAAAAUGCCGUUGUAGGCAUUUAUUAGAGGUUAGGAGUGAACCACAGAACCUAGAGCGGUGAAGCAGAGACCUUAGCACUAAGCCACUGUAAUAGGUAGGCAGACAAGUAGAUCAAUAAAUCAAUUGACAAACAAAAAGAGCAGGCAGAAUGAUUCAUAGCUUUUAUUCUCUAUUUAUUAUUAGUAUUUAGUUAUGGAUUUCCUGAUGCUACUUUACAGCCAAUGCUUUUGCUGUGUAGCUUGAAAAUAAAAGAAAAUCAAUAACUUAAUGACUUCAGGUACUGUUUACGAAGCUUGAGAUCAUAAACUACCUACUGUUUUUACACUGGUUGGUAAUCAGAAGAUUUCAAUGAUGUGUGCUACAAACCCAAGCAGUAAAGUCUGGACGACAAGAAACCAUGUGUGGUAUAGGAAAUUCAUGACUGAAAUGGAAGACUACACUAACAGAAUUCAUCUGGACAAGAAGUAAUUGCUUUCUGGUAACAUUUCAAUAGGUUCUUUCCAUCUUCUAUUAAAAUCACAGUUUCUGGAUACAUCCGGAAAGAUGAUACAUGAGCAUAUCUGGAAAGCAAACCAGGAAUCCUAGGCACAAACUUUGUCACAUUUCUGUUCUAAUAUGAUACUCUGGUACCUUCAUGUACCUUCAAAAAUUAAAUAAAAGAGACCAGAGCUGAUGGUGCUGCAGUUAAAGAAGCUGGAUAAUAAUGUUUAUCAAGGUUUAAGACAAGACAGAAGAGAUGCAUAUGGUAAGAUCAAACUAUACAUUUUGCAAUGCUUACAUCCGAUCUCUAAAAAUACCUUAUUUGACACUACAUGGAAAUCUCUAGUCAAAAUAUUGUGCUGUUUGUUAAGCUCACAUGUAAGUCACUACUGCAUUGUGGUAUCCUCCUUUGUCUAGUUUUAUGCACAAUGGAAUGCAUCCAGAACUUUCUGUACAUAACCAUCUGUGAAUAUAGAAUUAUGCAACAGAAUAAAAUAUGGUAGAAUGUCUGAAGAACUAUGUAAAAGCUUUGCAUAUACAAACCACUGCACAGGUAGGUAAAAUCAAAGGCUACAGCUUUACAGGCAAACCUUGGCCUGUUUGGGAAGAAUAACAUAACAUAACUUCAUGAAUUAAAAUAUGCAAAUCAUCAUGACAUGCUCAUACUGAUUCACAUUAAAUAAUUCAGAAUAGUUUAGUUUACGCCUGCUUCACAUGUUUUGAAGGAUGACAUGAUUCAGCUUUGGCAUAAUGAUGUUUCAAAACAGGUUAAAAUGUUUGCAUUUUCCUAAGUUUUGACCAUUCCAGCUCAUAUUAAGAAAACCUUUUAGAUACUAUAUUGUUUUGCUUAAAGUCUUAAAUUAUUUUAUGAUAACCUCCAUGUAUGUUAGUGAUGUUACAUUGUAUAUAUAGUUACUGGCUGAGAUUGGGGGUAAUAUGUUUUAGAAUGACAACGUUAUUUGUAGGACAAAGUACCUUACAAAUUAAGCUGCAGAGUUUGCAAUGCGGUUUAAUUUGACUUUUUAUGCCUACUUGAAUAUGUAUUUGUUGUAUGACUGUACGUUGUUAAUAAUAAAGUGUUUUC